AUGGGAACAGUAAGCUGUCGGCAGGGGCAACAUGGCCCAGUGGCUGCUUCUCAUAAGGGUGGCAACAUCCGGGGUCCCUGGGUCCGAGGCUGGAAGAGCCUCUGGUCAGGUGUGGGGACUACCAGGUCAGGUGUGGAAGAGCUGUGGGGACUACGGGGGCAUCAGUGCCUACACCAGGAGCCCCUGGAGCCGGCCCUGUUGCUAACAGAGAAGCCUCUGUCUGAGUGGCCAGUGCCUCAGUUCGUCAACCUUUUUCUGCCGGAGUUUCCCAUUAGGCCCCUUAAGGGGCAUCACCAGCUGAAGAUUUUAGGCCUUGUGGCUAAAGGCUCCUUCGGAACGGUUCUCAAGGUGAUAGACUGUGGCCAGAAAGCAGUAUUUGCAGUGAAGGUGUUGCCCAAGGUAAAGGUCCUACAGAGGGACAUCCUGAGGCAGUGCAAAGAGGAGGUUAGCAUCCAGCGACAGAUCAACCAUCCUUUUGUACACGGUUUGGGGGACAGCUGGCAGGGAAAACGGCACCUCUUCAUUAUGUGCAGCUACUGCAGUACAGACCUUUACUCCCUGUGGUCCUCUGUUGGCUGCUUUGCUGAGGCCUCCAUCCGCCUCUUUGCUGCUGAACUGGUUCUGGUGCUGUGCUAUCUCCAUGAUUUGGGCAUCAUCCAUCGAGAUGUGAAGAUGGAGAAUAUCCUUCUGGAUGAACGAGGCCAUCUGAAACUGACAGACUUUGGUCUGUCCCGCCACCUGGCCCAGGGAACCCGAGCCUAUACUAUCUGUGGCACUCUUCAAUACAUGGCCCCAGAGGUCCUGAGUGGAGGGCCUUACAACCAUGCUGCUGAUUGGUGGUCCCUGGGUGUCUUGCUUUUCUCUCUGGCAGCUGGGAAGUUCCCAGUGGCUGCAGAGAGAGAUCAUGUGGCCAUGUUGGCAAGUGUGACCCACUAUGAUUUUGAGAUCCCGGCUUCUCUUAACCAGGGGCUCUCACUCCUGCUCCAUGAGCUCUUAUGCCAGAAUCCCCUCCAUCGUCUGCGUUACUUGCAUCACUUCCAGGUCCACCCUUUCUUUCGGGGUGUGGCCUUUGACCCAGAGCUCCUACGGAAGCAGCCAGUGAACUUUGUCAUGGAGACACAAGCUACCCAGCCCAGUCCAUCGGAGUCCAUGCUUUUCAAGGAUUUUGACUGUAACCUGGAGUCCUACCUGGUCCAUCCCAGCCUUGCUUGAGCCCCUCUACUGUAGAUUUGGGCCCAUCUGGGAACCUGAGAAUUUCCUCUACUGCCAACUCAGUAUGACCACUUUGAUGAUCCAGUUUGUUUUUAAUGUGUAGCCUCUUACCAUUCUGUUCUACUUGUUGGGCCAGAGUUCAAAUCUUGCCCCCCCCCCCCCCCCCACGAAUACAACCCACCUCUCAAUUCAACAUGUCAGAUCAGAGUGUUGACCUUUUCCUUUGCUUCAUUUCUCCAAUGCUCAUACCCUGAAGCUUUCAGCCAGAGGCUUAUUCUACUUUUCCCAUUCCUUGUCUCUCUGCUAUAUUUCCUUUUUUUUUUUAAAAUUUAUUAGAGGGGGGAGGGGCAGAAGGAGACAGAAUCUUAAUCAGGCUCCAUGCCCAAUGCAGAGCCUGAUGCGGGGCUCAGUCUCACAACCCUGAGAUCAUGAUCUGAGCCGAAAUAAGGAGUCGGAUGCUUAAAUGACUGAGCCACCCAGGUGCCCCUGCCAUAUUUCCUUUCUUGAGCAAUAAUGACACUGCAUGGGGUCUCAAGGUGCUAUAUAUGUGUUUUUAAUAGGCUUGUUAGAAGCAGUAUGAAUGUUUUUCAAAGGUCUCAUAAGCUGGCAUUUUAACCCCUAAAUAUGCAGCUAAAACGUACCAUCUGGGGGCUCAAAGCCAGUCUGUAAUAAAUCUAAUUUUUAAAAAUUUCAAAAGUGAAUCUAAUAGCCUAAUGUGAGGAAAGGAACUGAAACAAAUGUGGGUUAAAUGCCUUUUCUAGGGCUGAUAGGGAUAGCUAUUGAAUUUUUUUCCAAAACAAAAUCUCUUCAAAAGACAAGAUUCUUAAACUGAUCAUUUCCCUAGAUAGCCUAGGAUUCAGUUUCUGAUGGGCAAACCAAGGGAUUAAGAGGCAUGACAUCAGCCUUAAGAUUUAAGGUUAGAUGUAUUUCAAGAACCUUUUCCUUUAGUAAGGAAAAUCAUCUGGACCUUAAAUUUGUAUAUAUUUCUGGCCUUUACUGACUUCUUUUCAUUUUUCUUUAACUGCUCAAAACCUUCAUUAAAAAAAUAUUUAUUUAUGUAUUUAAGUAAUCUCUACACCCAAUGUGGGGCUCAAACUCACAACCCCGAGAUCAAGAGUCGCAUGCUCUUCUGACUGAGCCAGCCAGGAGCCCUUCAAAAUGUUCAUUUUUAUUAUUCUUCAGUUAUUUCUGAUCUCUCUUUGCAGACCAAAGAGAGUCUGGAACACCCUGUAUACUUGUGUUUAUUAAUUCUGUUCCCUGGAUUAAGCCAGAUUUUCCCUGUACAUAGCUGGCAUUUUAUUGGCCUCUGCAAAAUUGCUUUUUCUGGAUUGUACUUUGGCAAUCUGUAGGAAAAUCCCUAUGAAAUUUAAUUGCUAUGGAUAUAUUGUGAAGGGUGUUCAUUACAAUUCAUAAUGUUCUGUAUAAGGAUGCAUGGGAGAAAUUUCCCCUGGACCCAGCUGUGCUUUUCCUGAAUCGCUGUUUGGUUUUACCUUAAAGACACUAAAUAUUCAACAGACUGUAUUUUUCUCUUCAUAUCAAUGCUAGGCCACUUAGAGCCUAAUUUGCAGUCCACUUCCAGCAAGUGUUUAGGACUUCAUGUUGUAUAUUUUGUAUGCUAGCCACAUUCUUGAUUCCAUCUUCCUUUUCUACCUUUAUUUUCUUUUUAUUAUCUGCAUUUUUGCAAGCCUUUUUGGAACAAGGCUGGGAUAUACAUGAAUAAAUAAAUGUAACAUUAA